CAAAACACAAACACCUAGCCAAGCUCUGCGAUGCCAAGAGUCAUCAAAUAACCUUAAUCCUACGACUCUGCAUAUAGGUACUCUUGAGUCUUUAGAUAGGAGCGCAGGAUAUAAGCGCUCCACCUACUUUUCUAACCUCAAUCAAGCUUCAACACACUCUUUUCGCAAUGGCGGCCUUCGACAGAAACUUCACAUUCUUCACAAUCCCCGCGGCCUUCAUUCUACUGUUCUUCCCCAAAGUCUACAGCGCCAUUCUGGGCCGCAAGUACUUCAACCAAGCCGAUCCACGCAAAUACCAACCCGCCGUCUCCAAAGCAGAUGAUCUAGAUUACAAGACCAAAAACCGCAUCCUCCGUGCCGAGGCCGCCGUAGCCAACGGCCUCGAGACCAUAUCGCUCUAUGCUGCUGCUGUAGUAGCGGUUAACGCGGCGGAUGUCGACCCGAAGACGGCGAACGCGCUGUCGAUUGUGUACUUGGGAACGCGGGUGGCGUAUAAUAUCGUCUACGUGAUAUUGCAAGACGACCCUAGGUGGGGUAUGGUGAGGAGUGUGACGUGGAUGGGGGGUAUUUGGAUUAUUUUGGCUAUGUUCUUGUUGGCUGGCGCGGCGGUGUAUUAAGGGUUCUGAGGAGUGAUGUGGGUAUUUGGCCUUUAACUGUAGCGCAGAUCGGUUAUUAGUACAUACUGUAACGGGGUAAGGCCGGACAUCAGGGAAAUAGGUUACGGGGCUAGGAGAAAGUUCAUUUUCUCUUCUUUAAGAGGCACAGAGGCAGAG